AUGCCAGACGGGGCCGAUCCCCCGAUACGGCGGGGCGGAUGGCCGUGGGGCCGUCGGAAUCUGAUGCUGCUCUUUUUCCUCGGCGCCCUCGUUGUCACCGUUGUCAUCGCUGUCGUGCUCGUUGUCACACUGGUUGAUCACAGUCGACCCACAACACCAGCGCCCGCCACAUCUACUCUAGUCUUUGCCAUUCCGAUUUAUAACGACACUGCGAAUCCGGCGAGGCGCGAUGCCAUUUUGGCCGAUGACAGCUGCUUCAUGUGCAUGGAGAUGCUCUCGACGGCCAAUUGGUCCCUUUCCAACAUGGCCGGCAUGAACACCGUCAAAUUCCUAACAUUCAACGACCAGAAAACCGAAUGGUCGCCGGUCAUGAACAACGCGGAUGCGAUGAAAUGGUUGAAUACCGGGGAUGGAAUGGCGAAGUGCAUGAUGGGGCUGGGCAACACGAAGGUUAAUGAGACAAGGGGAGUCGUCUUCAAAUUCGCCUACGUCGACGACAACGUCAACUACCACGACGACUACUACGACGACGACGACGACUACUACUACUACUACUACUACUACUACGACUACUACGACGACCAGUCCAGCCCUACCACGGUCACUACCUCGACGGGCCCCACCACCAGCCCAGGGCCUUGCCAAGUGUUCUUCUAUUUGGAUGUCUCGACUUCAGUAGAUUUUGGAGUGCCCAUAGAGAUUGGUCACGUCGAGCGCGUCAGCCCUCUCGUUGCCGGAAUCAGCAACUUUGCCGCCGCCAGCUAUGGUGGAGACACUUCCGGGCCGUUGAACCUCACCUUUGGGGACCAGGACUCGUUGAAGACCCAGUUGGACAAGAUAUUUCCUUUCAACCCGCUCAAUGGAACGGUUGCAAAUGCCCUCGACGAGAUGAAAGCCUAUCAGAUGGGGAAUAUCGUGACUGUUUUGUAUACCAACAGCUCUCAAAACAUCAUCAACGCCAUCGGGGCAAACCCAUUUAGCGACCGGACUAUUGGCAUUGGAUUGAAUGGUCAAAACAUGUCCGACAUCGCGGCCUAUAGCUUCAGCCCGGAUGGAGCGGACGAAAAUAAAGUUGCGGAGACUAUUCAGUACAUUUGUAACACAACUACAACUGUGCCGACCUCGCCGACGACCUCGAACACCGGCUCGACGGUGACGAGUACUCCUUCUACAGCAACGACGACAGUUCCGGGCCCGCCGUGCCAAGUCUUUUUCUAUCUGGACUUAUCGAAUUUUGCACAUGCUCAGCUCAUCCCGGAAAUCGGAAAAGUCAGAGAAUUGGCGGACAACAUUCCUGGUUCCACCUUCGCUGCUGCAGCGUAUGGCAGUGCUGGCCAAGCGCCGCUCACUUUAAAGUUCGGCGACCGAACCAACUUGAACAGCGAAUUGGAUAUAAUCUAUGCAUUGCCGCCUAUGGACGCGGAUGUUUCAAGUGCGAUCGGUGCAAUGAACAACUACGACUUGACAAACAUCGUCACGGUGUUAUAUAGCGGAAGCCCAGCAUCACAAAUCAAUGCAGCCGGUCCAAAUAGCUACCUUGGGCAGACGGUCGGAGUUGGUAUCUGUGGACAAGACCUAACCCCGCUGGCCAUCUACAGCUUCCCCUUUGACAGUGAUCAGCUACAGAUCUUCUUUUACCUUGACGUCUCGACUGUUGGCAAGCCACAGUUUGUUGUCGAGCUGGGCCAUGUGAAUAGAAUCGCAGAUGAAACGGCACGUGACGGCUUUGUGCCAAUCUUUGCCGGCGCAGGAUAUGGAUAUGACGGUCAAGAGCCCUUGAAUCUGACUUUCGGAAACCGUGAUCUUCUCACGCAAGAGAUUAGCCCUCUAUAUGGGAAGACGCCCCUGGACGUCACGGUUGCGUCGGGGAUCAACGCGUUGAAUAAUUAUGAACUGGGGAGUAUCGUUAUCGUCCUCUAUACCAACAGCGAACAGGGCGCAAUCGAUGCGUCCCCGCAAAAUAAUUACAAGACUCAGACGAUUGGAAUAGGCUUGGCUGGUCAAAAUCUGGGCACGAUUGCGGCGUACUCAUUUGGGGCAGACGCAAGCUACGACGAUCAAAUAAAUGCGGCCAUUACUUCAAUGAACUACGCAGUCGUCGCCGAGUGUAACGAGCACGUCUGCGAGCAGCACAUCGCCGACUUCUACAAGUACGACUACGACGACGACUACCACUACCACAACGACCACAACGACGACCACUACUACCACCACGACGACUACCACUGCCACUACAACGACGACCACAGUGCCACGACUGUGCCGACGACAACCCCAGCCGCUUGUCAAAUCUUUUUCUAUCUGGAUGUAUCAACGUCUGGCAAGCCACAGUUUGUCGCUGAAUUGGGCCAUGUGAACCGAAUCGCUGAUGAAACCGUAAAUGACGGUUUUGUACCGGCAUAUGCCGGUGCAGGAUAUGGUUAUAUCGGCCAAGAACCGCUAAAUCUGACCUUCGGAAACCGCGAUCUCCUCACAGAUGAAUUGAGAUUGCUGUAUGGGACCGCCGCGGCUGAUGCCAAUGUGUCCUCGGGUAUAAAUGCUCUGAACAACUACCCACUUGGAAAUAUCGUUACGGUCCUCUAUACCAACAGCGACCAAGCUUCCAUCGACGCUUCUCCGUCCAAUAACUUCAAAAGCCAAACAAUUGGGAUCGGAUUGAGUGGACAAGACCUUACCCCACUCGCUGCCUAUUCUUUUGGAGCGGGUUCUGAUCAGGACGAUGCCAUCAAUGCAGCCCUUACCGCACUAUGUACUGGGAACACUCUUCCAACUGUCACCACUGUCUCGACACUGCCCACAUCUCAAGUACCCGCGCGCAUCUUCAGGCACCUCCAUCACCACCACCGAAGGCACAUCACCAAGCUCUGCACCCACGAUCCCAAGCACUCCAACAUCUGGGCCCUCCUCUUCCUGGAGCACUCCAGGAUCUACAAGCUUAGGGUCCACGACUACGACGACUACUACGACUGCUACAACAGCUUUGCCCACUUCUUCUGCGGCACCGAGCACAACUGUUUCCACACCAUCGAAUCCAUCAACAAUCUCGACCGCCUCUGC